UAAAAUGUUAAUCUGCGCGAAGUAAAAGGUUAGACAAACUAUUAGCGCGUGAAUUUAUGGCAACUGCAAGACGGAACCAAGAUGCUUCAAGCCCAGAUCGUGGUAAUACAUAAUGUAUGAGUGAUAACAGAGCGGUCGGAUGAAUGGCCAGCCAGCCAAUAACAAAGAGCCAAAGUGGACAUCGCCAGCUCUGUUCAAGAGCACCCACUACGGCUGAUUAGCAUAAGCAGCAGAGUCACCAGCAGAGUUUGUUAGAAAAAUCAUAUAAAAUUAUGCAAAAAGAAAAAAAAACAAAGCCAAGAGAAGCACGAAAAACCGAUAACGAUGCGCAGAGCAGAGACACAACUAAGACUGAGACUAAGACUUAGUCCAACGAUUGGCAGCGAUACUCCAAAAUCAGUAAAGAGUAAACAUUAAAAGUGAGCAAAAAGCGAGUGGGAAUUGGCCAGAAAGACCAGCGAAUGGCGACAAGCAGCUUCGACCUGCUCCAAAUGAGGUGCAAAAAUAAAUGGGAAAAAUGCUAAUUAGGAGAGUUGCAAACUGCAAUCAAACUUUUUUGGCAUAAAAGACGUGGGCGUCUGUGACAUCAGCAUACUCGAAGUUUACCCAGCAAACCGAUCGGAGUUAUCCACCUACACAAGUCCCACAAGAUGCGUUUGCUCAUUGCCCUGUGCCUUGUGGCUGCUGUUAGCGCCGACUCGCUCGGCUACAACUAUCAGCCAUCCGCCUCCACUGGCCCCUCCUCCUAUGCGCCGUCUGCGGCCGGACCAUCGUACAAUCAGGCUGCUUCCGCUCCAGCAACUGGUGGACAGUCCUACAGCCCAGCGGCAGCUGCCACCCAGGAGCAGCCCACAUACAAUGCCCCCUCGGAGUCCUUUGGCAGCGCACCCGAAGCCGCUCCUUCGGCUGACGCACCCAACUACUCUGCCCCCCAGACCGAGCUGCAGAAGGAGUUCUUCACCUACACCGCCGAUGAGAGCGAAUUUAAUGAGCCAGCCGGUUCCGAGCAGGUCUCCAGCUCCCUGAACAAGGCUCUGCGCGUGAUCUUCAUCAAGGGACCCGAGAACCGGGGCCUGGAGAACGCUGCCCUGGCUCUGGCCAAGCAGGCCGGCCAGCAGGAUACUGCCAUCUAUGUGCUGAACAAGCAGGCUGACAUCGGAGAUCUGGCCAACAAGCUGAACUCCAUCCGCAACAACAACAACAACAAGCCCGAGGUGCACUUCGUCAAGUACCGCACACCCGAGGAUGCUGCCAAUGCCCAGCAGGCCAUCCAGGGACAGUACGAUCAGCUCGGAGGAUCCUCUUCCAUCCAGAACGGCGGCGUUGCCCCCGUGCUGAACUUUGCCUCUCGGGCACCCGCUCGCCCAGUGGCUGCUCCAUCCUCUCCCAAGAACUCGUACCUGCCCGCAUCGGUGCUGCGUCAUCGCCUGUAAGCCGUCUUUGUCUGUAGGGCAUAGAACCGAACGACCCUUCCCUCCCUUCCCACUGUUCCUACGCACUUGCUGCGACCCAUCUCCCUCUCCAUGUGGAGAUUACCAUCUCUGUUGAAUGGUCAGUAUUGCGAUU